UCCAGCCGAGUGUGGCACCGACUGACUGGCUGCGUGGGGAGCCAGUGUGGGCGCAGUGGAGGACUUUCCUAUAAAAGCAGGGAUCCCACGGCCAGACGAGCUCGUCUCUCCCUCUCACUUGUAGACUAACCACCGAGAUCCCCCGCCACCGGCUUCUUUUUUCCUCCCGCCGUAGUGUUUUCUUCGGAAAAUACUACACACCGUCUCCAAAGGAAAUCUAGUCUAUGGUUUUGCCUGACGCUCCAAGGAUGUCCCGGACCGACGAGGUGCACCGUAUAACGGAGAAUGUCUACAAGUCCAUCAUGGAGCAGUUCAACCCGUGCCUGCGGAACUUCAUAGCCAUGGGGAAGAGCUACGAGAAGGCACUCUCCAGUGUCACAUAUGCUGCAAAGGGCUACUUCGACGCGCUGGUGCGGAUGGGCGAGAUGGCCAGCGAAAGUCAAGGCUCUAAGGAUCUUGGGGAGGUGCUCUUUCAGAUGGCUGAAGUUCACAGACAGAUCCAGAUCCAGCUUGAAGAGAUGCUGAAGUCUUUCCACAAUGAGCUCCUGACAGAGCUGGAGAAGAAGGUGGAGCUGGAUGCACGCUAUCUGAAUGCUGCACUGAAGAAAUACCAGAUGGAGCACAAGAGCAAAGGGGAGAGUUUGGAGAAGUGCCAGGCAGAGCUGAAGAAACUGCGCAGGAAGAGCCAGGGCAGCAAGCAUCCCUCCAAAUAUGGGGACAAGGAGAUGCAGUACGUGGAGGCCAUCAGCAGCAAGCAGAGCGAACUGGACAACUACAUUGCUGAAGGCUACAAGAACGCUCUGUCUGAGGAGAGGAGGAGGUACUGCUUCCUGGUGGAUCGCCAGUGCGCCGUGGCCAAGAACAGCAGUAUGUACCACAACAAGGGGAAGGAGCUUUUAGCCCAGAAGCUCCCGGCGUGGCAGCAGGUAUGCGCCGAGCCCAACAAACUGCCAGAUCGUGCCAUGCUCCUGGCUCAACAGAUGAGCGGUGCAGCGGGCACUAUGGGCCCUGGAGCUCUCCAUCCAGGCGCCAAGGGCGGCAUGGUCAUCUCUGAGCCCAUGCCUGGUGCCAAACCCCUGCCAGUUCCCCCAGAGCUGGCAGCCCUCAUGGCUAGUGGCGGCAUGGGGCAGCAGCAGAGGCUGAUGGGAGGGGUGGAUGGAGGGAUGCCAGUAAUGAACGGCACAGCCGGCGCCCACGGAGGAGAGGACUACCAGCAGUGGAUGGAGAGCAAGGUGGCCCAGGGCAAGGCCUCGCCACAAACCCAGAGGCACGGAGGGGAAGUCUACUCCAACACCUUGCCUGUGCGCAAGGUGGCCCCAGCCAAGAGCAAGGCCACACUGACGGAGACCCGCACGCUGCCCAGGUCCAGCUCCAUGGCGGCAGGGCUGGAGAGGAACGGGAGAACCCGUGUCCAGGCCAUCUUCUCCCACGCAGCCGGGGACAACAGCACCCUGCUCAGCUUCUCAGAGGGUGACGUUAUCACCCUGCUGGUCCCAGAGGCCCGAGACGGCUGGCACUAUGGAGAGAACGAGAAGAACAGGAUGCGUGGCUGGUUUCCCUUCUCCUACACGCGGGUGAUCUGUGAUGCUGACGGCGAAUCCAUGAGGCAGCUUCGAGUUCACAACCUCCACCAUGGGAAGAGCAGCAGCACAGGCAACCUUCUAGAGAGGGAAGACAUGGUUCUCCCCGUCCCUGACUACGGCAUGCACACCCGUAUGGCAGCACAGAGCGCCGCUGUGCCACAUGGCAGACAACAACGCCCUUACAGCGUGGCAGUGCCAGGCUUCUCACAGCAAGGAGUUGAGGAAUAUGAGCCCCGCUUCCCCACAAGACCCUGUCCACCCUUUGAGCCAGUCGUGUUGGCCCCUGCCAAACCACCCAUCGCUGAUGAUGACCAGCCUGCUGAAGUCCAUUAUGACUCAGUGGAGAAAUCCUUGACUCCCCCAGGGCUUUACUAAGCUGCCCCGAUGCCAUACGUAGCUGUAGCUGGGUUACCGGUGCUGGUGCUUCCCAAUCACAGCAACCACUGCACCCUGUCCUGUCAGCCACGAGAGCUUUGAUUCAACCAGAAUAACUACCAUAGUGCUACUAUACCAUACAGUUUUGAUAAGACCAGCAGUGACCUGUACAACAAUCCACAAUGGCAGUAACUACCAUAUGAGAUGAGCUACUGUAAAUAAAAGCUUGAAUUGAUUUAUGUUUGAUCUUCUAGGAUGGAAAGCACAUUGAAAACAAAAUCUGCAAAGAUAAUCUGCCUUUGCUCUUGACUGUUGUCCAUUGAAUUAUAUUAAAUUGAAAGCAUGGAUUCACAGGGCAACAGUUUGAGUAGCAUGUAUGGGCAGCAUGAAGCCGUCUCGCCCUUGUGGCAUUAAUAAUAGGAAGAUCUGGAAACUUUUGAAUAGAAAUUUGACUGUGAAUUUUUGUUGCUGAGAGUAUUAUUGCUGAUUUAUGUUACCCAAAAUGUUGACCUGUGAACCUAAUACUGAUUACUGGCUUCAUCUAGACCUUGGGAUAUUGAGCCUGUCCACUGCAAAAAAAAACAAAAACAACAACAAAAAAAACAUAAAUCUAAACAAGUCAUUUAGCCUCAUAUUACUCUUAAAAUCUUGUUUUUCAUGAAAGAAAUGGAAAAAAAAACGUCUCGUUUGUAAUGCUAAUCAACUUUUUUUCACAAAUUUAUUCAAUCAAGUGUUAUUUUCUUGAUACUAGUGGGCUCAUCUGCCUUAUUCUUUCAUCUGUAUUUAUGAUUAUUAACAGAAAACCUCCUGAAAUAAGUGAAACUGCACUGGGAACAAGAUUUUGAAGGCUGAAUAUGAAACUAAAUGACUUAAGAUGGAGGUUUUUCCAGUGUCUGAGAUGAAGGUAGCCAUAGGACAUGUCUGUGUGCUUUUUAAAAAACGGCUCUCUGCCCUGUCUUGUCAAUAUAAGGGCUUUACCACUGGUAUAAGAUAAACAUCCCUUCAGGUGUUUCACUUGUUAGCCUCACUUAUUAGUACUGCCUUCUCGUCUGGGAUGCACUGCAAAGUUUGGACUGGUUUGGCAAAGGACUGGUGGAGGUGCCGCCACUUGCACCCAGAAAACAGAAAAAAACGCCAUUACUCGUGCGUACCGAGCUGGCUCCACAGGAUUAUCUCAAGCACAAGAGCGUUGUUUCAGCAGACCAUGGAGAUAAACUGAUGCACUGAAACACCUAAGCAAUAGAUUAGCCAGAGAAACCUGCAGUAUCGUGGGGAUACAUUUGAACAGAACGGUAGCAUCCAGAUAUUAAGCACACUACUCAUAGUACUGUAUCUCCAAUUAAUUGUAUAUUCACAGGAACUCUGAAGUAAUACGACUUAAAAACGCUGCAGUUUAUUCAAAUCUGCAGCAGCUAUUUGUAACAAAUACUGUACUGUGCUGGUUCUGAAAAUUUCUUUUGAUUAUUGCUUGAUUGAUUCUGUUUGUAGUCAACAAGGCAUUUUUAAGAUCUAAAGCAACAUUUCCUACAGAGAUACAUUCAGUAAAGAAAUCAAGCGAUGUGUGAUUGCAUAUCAUCUUCUCUCACUUUAUGAUAACUGAGGUCUGUGAUGCAGAUGGACAAGCGAUCAGGGUUUGACUCCUCACUUUGCCAAUAUAGUCAUUUGCAGAGAUAUAUUGGGCUGAUGAUUUCAAUAAAAAUGUCUACCGAGCGUUUCCUCUUGCCAAUAUGCUGUUUGUGCUGAAUAUGGAAUAUCAGCACAGAAAUCAUAUUGGCAGCUUCAUAACAGAAAUAUGGAUAUCAACAGCCUUCAAAAAACAGACGAAUGAGGAAUUUAAAAAAAUACAAACACUGUUGGGUUAUUACAAACGUGAUGACUGAUAUUCAAGAGCUGGCGAUUGAACUAUAUCAUUAUGUAAUAGCAUACUUACUGUCUGUUUUUCAAUCAGUUUUGAAAAUAAAGAAUCAAGUAUUAUCCAUACUGUACAUGUUGUUAUAUGUAAGCUCAUAUAGGCUUUCCAAAUGUGUUUUCUAUCAUUUUAUACUUGUAUUUGCUUCUGAUUAAAUUUCUAAGUGUACUGUAUGUAAAUGCAACCCUAAUUUAGACAGUCCUAAAUUAUUAUAUCAAAUAAAGCAAUGAUGCCAGAAUUA